CGGGUUCAUUUGGGAUUCAGAAAAAAUGAUCCCUCUUCAUGUAGCACUAGAUUUCAUCUUAUAAGAAUGGCUAUUCCAAGUCAAAUAUAUGGUAUAAGAAUGUGCUACCUCCAGCCAUGAAUCUUGAAUUAGAAGAGUUAAAGUCUGCAUUUACCACCCUAGUCCAGCAGACUGACUCUGAGGCAUUGGUGGAGUUUGUCUUCUGGCUUGAUGUCAAAGUUGCCGAAUACAAAAUCAAUGGACAUAUGGUCUUUGGAUCGCAAGAGUACUUCACCCCAUGGUUCAAGAAAUACAGUGGAAGUGUCUAUAUUAACCAUAUUGCUGAUCAAAAAUCUUCCAUCUUCACCCAGAAAAGUGCAGUAUACAAAACAGGGAAGCAUGCUACCCAUGAUGACAAUCAAAACUAUACAUUAACAAGUCAACCUCAGCCUUUAGUCAAUGUUACAAGUGCAGUAUCAAAUCUGGUGGUGCCACAAAUCAGUCCAAGCCUGGUUGUGCCACAGAUUAGUCCGAGCCUAGGGAUUGAUUUACAGACCCAUGGUCCACUAUUAAAAACCAGCCAGCCUAUAACAGUUGCCUAUCUUACUAGCUCCUCGGGUAUUGGCCCUCCAAAGUUAGUACGACUGAACUCCAAUAGCCAGCCAAAGCCUAUAGCCCCUCAACCAUCUAACACUGAUCAGAACACUGCCCAAGUUAAAUCUGGCCAUGAGACUGGGUUAAGCCUUCUACGAGAAAAAUUGGUGUCCGCACAAAAAAAUGUGUCAACCAAUCAUAAGGAGAUAAUACCAAAGUUGGAACCAUUGGCUUUGAGUAAUGAUGGUAGUAUAAGUGCAGUACCACAAAGUGCAGUUCUAGAAGAAGCAGAUGGAAGGAAAGAUGAGGAUGUACACAAUGAAAAUGGUGAAUGUGCAGAGGUAUCGUCCGAGUUGCCGAGAGCCGUCUCGCAAAAUCUUAGAGAUGAUGUAGUCCAAGUAGCUGGAGAAUCUGUUUUUAUGUGUAGAAAAUGUUCGAGGUAUUUUCGCCAUCUCUCGAAUUAUUCACGUCACCUGAAACUUCACCAAGGGGUUACAAGCUACACAUGCAGUGGAUGUCAGCGCGGGUUUUACCGCAAGGAGCAUUUUGAGAAACAUUCUUGCGAUACAAAACCAAGAAAACGACGAGUUCCGUUGAUGAAUGAUGAAGAUUCAGUGUCCCCGACGGACAAUAUGAGAUCACCGAGGAAGAUGCUGAAACCAUCCAUGGGAGUGUCAUUUGCUACAGUUGACUCCAAUAAUGUAGAUGACGAAAGUGUGGAUGAAAAUAAACUAUGGAACGAAUCUGUGGAUAAAGACGGCGCUUUGGAUGGAAAAAUUAAAAAUGAACCUGAUUCUCCUACGGAGAAAUCUAAUGAGGGUAUUAAAGCUGAUUUAAAAAAUGUAAAAAUUGAACCGGAAAUGAAUGAAGAAGAGUUGGAUAUUGUCCCUAAAGUUAGUACUAGUGUGUCCAGCAUGAUCCCAAGCAGCAGGCAGAAGACUACCCACAAGAGACUAAUGUCUGGGGGUAAAAUGGUUUCUAAUAGCAUGGGAAUAAAGAAUGAGCAAGGGGAUUUCCUGUCACUCAGUAGCCCUUCUGUGUCAUCAAAUAGCAGCCUAUCUAGUCAAUCAGCACCAUCUAAUGGGGACACAGCAGAACCUAGUCAGUCAGAAGAAAAACCGAGAAUAAAAGCUGCAUUUGAUUUGUUACGAAAUCUCUGCACUUCAGGACAUAGUAGCACAGCAGUUGAUUUAAGCAAGGAUUCAAAUGCAAACCUUCCACUCUAUCCAUUAGAAUUAACUUCUAAGGCUUCUGUUGGACCAUGCCCAAUUGCUAUUGCAACCACUGGCUCUAGUACCCUUACACAAGACGUCAGUCAGGUUUCUCUUCCGCCGAGAACACGUCAUGCAAAAACAACUAUUCUCAAGAGAGAUUUGUUGAAGAAAGAUCAAAAUAUUGUGUUUCGCGACGGAGAACUGCAGUACAAAUGUCCAGAAUGUUCUCGAUGUUUCAGACAUCAUUCAAAUUUUAGUCGCCAUAAAAAAAUACAUGGUGAACCCGAAUAUGGCUGUGAAAAAUGUGGAAGAAGAUUCCACCGAAAGGAAUACUUGAAAACGCACAAUUGCCGCAAAAGUGGCUGGGUGAAGGGUGGCAAUAGUCCUAAAGCUGAGGAUUCUAAAACAAACAAAACAUUUUAAAUCCACUGCAGUGUGUCUACAAAAGCUAUAUGUGAAUAUGUAAACUGAACACAUACUAUUACAUAAGAUUGAUGGUAAGAUGUAUAAGUGCAGUUGUAGGAUUUGUGGUCUUUUUCACACAUUUAACCACAAAAAAUACUAGCAUAUCCAAAAGCAGUCAAUCAAAAAUCAUCAUUGAAUCUUCUCCAAGGAGCAUUCUGUUCACUAAAACAGUUUAUUUGUCUGAGGUACAUAUUUUUUGUCUUGUUUUUCUUGUUACGACUGGUGACGAAUAGAAAAUGUUAUAAUGUUUAUCAUAGUACUUGUGGUAUAUUUGUCAUUAUCAGUGUAAUCAUCUUGCUGAUUUGACAUUGCGAUUCCAGGAAAACUGAUCAUUGGAUUCACUCCAUAUCUUUACACAUAUUACACUGUAUCAAGUUCUUCAACUGAUUCAUUUUUGGGUCAUAUAUCUUGAAAUGUGACAGCCAUUUUGGACCAAUUUCAAUUUUUUAUCACCCUCUGGGAUGAUUCUUGUGAUAACUGCCAGGCAGGCAUUUAGAAUUCUAAAGACCCAUAUUUUUUAUUUUCCAUCCUAAAGUAUUCAGUAUCUUGUCUGCCUUUCGGUGGUGUGAUAUAAUUAUGCUGUGUCGUAGCUUAAUGGUAAGCUAUGAUAAACCAUAAAUAUAGCAAUACCCAAAGCUUAUCAGUCACCUAUGCUAUCCUUGCAUUUCUAAGAUAAAAAUAUUGUUCCCUGUCAGCUAGGGAAAGUAAAGCAUGAAAACAGUUAAAUGUGUGAACUUGUGCCAUAGAAAAUCUGUAUAGUAAUAUUGUAAAGGACUAGAUAGUGUUAAUGAAUUGUUGAUAUUGUUUGCAUGGUGUAUGUACCAAUUUAUCAUUAUCAGGAUUGAGAGAUAAAGUGAAUUUUAAAUCAGUUUACUUUUCAGCCGGUGACGUUGUGAUGUACAAGCAGUCAGUCAUUUACCUGUUUGGAUUUGCCAAAUUACAUAUCUACACAAAAUAUUUUGUUCUCUUCAUCCAUUUUCAACUUUGUGAUAUCAGAGAUAUUGAGAUACUUUACAAAACAUGUACCUACCUUAUUCAAUGUCCUUUUGACUGACUUCAUUCCUUGACAUACCUUUUUUCAAAAAAUCCCAAAAUGUUAUACCUUAUUUGAAAAUUUGAGAUGGCCCAAUUCCUAUAGAGAAUCAUUGCAUAUGUUGUGUGUUGGUCAUUGGCAUCAGAAAUUUGUUUUGUUAUUCUUAAAAAAAUUUACAAGAUUUUAGUACUGUACAUAUACUAUAUUCUGAAUGGUAAAGGACACAUUGGUUGGAAAUUCAUAAAUAUUGCUUGCAAUUUUUUCACACUCUAUAUCUCUGAUUUUCACUUUAACUUCAAGAAAUAGGAAGAUAUCAAUGUUCUUCAAAUCGCAUAAGAAUUAGUUUAUUUAUCAAGUCAUUUUCAGGGACUUUGGGCUCCAAACAUCAUAAAUGAUGGUCCAGGGGUAUGGUCAAGCAAUAUACUGAGAUGAAGUAUGCUACUUGAUGUACAUUAUUAUUUUGACCCCUAAACAACUUGUGCAAUUGAAUUUGAUUUUAAUUUUACAAAAGUUAGGUCUAACUGUUAAAGGUACAUACACUUUAGAAGGAAAGUGUGCAUAAAUCAAAAAUGCUUUUUGCAUAAAUGAUGCAGGGUCGGAUAUUGGAAUGUUAUAUGUUUAUAUAGAGUCUAUAUUAUGUAUAUUUUAUUUUAAUUUCACAUUUAUUUAUAAUUAUUAUUCUAUUAUAGCACCUUUGUAAAUAAGAAAUAUUUAUCAUUAAAUUUAAUUAUUAUUAUAGCCUAUAUUAUACCUGCCAAAAUGAUCAAUAACUAGAAAUACACAAAAUGUAAGAAAGCUAUUCCCAAAUAUUAUUUCUUUAUAGUAGUAUACCUUAAACACAAAAGUUAUGUUUGGUCCCUUUUUGUUAGGAAUCUUUGAGAUUGUUACGAUAAUUGGAUGAAAUUGUCACAUUGACCUUAACUCAUGUAAAAUAGUUGACACAAUAGCUUACUAAAGCAUAAAUGAAUAGGAGAAGAUGUCAGAUACCAUAUUUGGAGAAAAUGUGCAUGUAGAGAUGAAUUUUAUGAUAGUUAAUGUAGCAUUUAUCCAGAAAUUAGGUCAGAAUUUCUCCUAUAUUGACAAAUGUUAGAUAGAGCUGUUGUGAUGACCAUUCAGUAGGGUUCUUUAUUGUAUUUUUAAAACUCUGUUCAGACCAAAAAUAUAUGUGACACUUUUAAAGUGAGAUAAGUUGGCUGUUAAAGCAAUACCAAUGAAGAAAUAUAUUGGACAUACUUCUCCUUUAAGAGAAAGUUGCAGUUCUGGUUAUGUAUAUGACUUUUUAAUUUACUACCAAAACAGGCAAAAUUUUCAUAUUUGCGUAUUUUGUAUGAAUAAGAUGGACUUUUAUGAUCUAUAGAAAUCCUAGGCAUUCAUGCUACUGUUGUUUAUUCAAAUUAUAUUAACAAAUAACAAAAAUAACAAUGUAAUUGAGACAAAUGACAUGUUAACAUGUACCAGUGCGCUGUGCUCAGAUAUCCUGAAUUGAUUAUACAAUUGUUUGUUUAUUAAUUUUACAUUUUUUAGUUUAAGUACUAAGUAGACAUCAUGACUAGUUGGUCAGAGACUUAAAAAGAAACUUUUUAAAGAACUUUUCUGUAAGUUCAUGGUUUCAUGCUUAUUGCAAGUUCCAUUAGUUGUAUGUUAUAGAAGUAGGAAUAGUACACCUAGUUUUAUGUUAUAGGUGCAGUUGUACACUGAAAUCAUUUUCGAAUUGUAAGUUUCAGUUAAAGUGGUAGCAAAGGUUAGAACAUUUAACAACUGAUUAAAGAAGGUAAUAAAAGAUAGAAGAUACAGAAAUGCCCAAAUCUAUAAGAAUUGAAACAGAGAUAUGUACCUGUUUUCAGAAUUAUUGCCUUUUAAACACAGGAGUUGAAGCAUUUUUAUGAAAAAUGUCAGAAUUGAUCAGUCAGAAAUCUUUUUAAAGUUACCAUCACCUCGUUCUUAGUCUUUGCUGCCGCUUUAAGCAA